AUGGGAUUCCCGAUUUUCCCAUUUUUUGCUUUUCCGCAGGUUCUGGGCAGGAGGAUCCCCCCGGAGCAGCUGCUGGGGCUGCUCCUGGCCCUGCUGGAGUCCUGGGACGAUCCCGAGCGGAAUUGCGCCCGCGCCGCCGCCGCCAUCGGCAACGCCCUCAUCCGCGAGAGGGGAGCCCUCCUGCAGGAAAAGGUCCCGGAGCUGCUGGCGGCGCUGCAUGCGCGGCUGCAAUUGCUGCAGGAGCGGGAGGACCAGGAGCCGCAGCUGCAGCGGGCGGCGCAGAGCUCGGUGCUGCUCCUGGCGCUGCAGCACCCGCAGAGCGUGGUGGGCUGCCUGCUGGGGAGCCCCCUGCCCUUCGACGGCCCCACGCGCUGGCUGUGGCGGGCGCUGGGCGCGGAGCCGUCGCUGACGCCGCGGGUGCUGGAGCUGCUGCAGGAGCGGCUGAGCCGCGAGGUUCCCUUCAAGGAGAGCAGAGCCCUCCUGCCCGCCGGCGCCGCCCAGCGCGUGGCCACCGCCCCGCCCCUCGCCGCCACGCUGGCCCUGGAUGAGCUCAUGUCUGUGCCGGAGGCGGCGGCCGCGGUGCUGGAGCGAUUCCCGGCGCUCUCGGCGCUGCUGCUGCGCCUCGGCUGCGCCCUGGGCGUGCGGCUGCCGCGGGCCCUGCAGGGCCGGGACAGGGCCGGCCUGCAGCCCUGCAGCUGUGCGGUGCAGACGCUGCGGGCGAUGCUGGCGCGCGCCGGGAGCGACGACGUCGUGCAGGACGUGGGGAGCGCCGGGGGCUGGGAGCUGAUGGAAAUUCCCGAGCGGCACCACGACGGAAUCGCCCUCCUGGCCAGGGCGAUGGCUCGGCUCUGCGGGCCCCGGCUGCCGCCCAUCGUCCGGAGCCUCAUCCCGGUGCUGGGGAGCGCCUUGGAAUGCCAGAGGGUGACCAGCAGCGCCUUCCUGGCCGAGCUGCUCAACCACAACGUGGUGAACGACCUGGUGCUGCUGGAGCCCAUCGUGGACGCGCUGACGGCCCUGGAGAAGGACUCCUGCCUCCUGGUGCGCGUCCUGGCGCUGCGCGGGCUCGGCAACGUCGCCUCGGGCUCCCCAGAACAGAUCCGGCGGCACGGCUCGCAGCUGCUGGCCUCCAUGGUGAACGGCCUGGACGACAAGGACGACCCCAACAACCUGCUGGCGCUGGAGGCCAUGUCCAGCCUCUCCAGGAUCCUGGAUCACCUGGAGGAGCGGGACGUGCACUCCACGGUGCUGCGCGUCGCCAUCCGCAUCCGGCCCUUCUUCGACAGCGAGCACGCGGAGCUGCGGCACUCCUCCAUCCUCCUCUUCGGGAACCUGUCCCGCUUCAGCCGCGCCGACUCCGAGGUUUUCUCGGAGCAGAUCCUCAACGGGCUCGUGACGCUGCUGCUGCACCUGCAGGACCCCCAGCCCGAUGUGGUCAAGGCGUGCAAGUUCGCGCUGAGGAUGUGCGGGCCCAGCCUGGGCUGCGAGGGGCUCCGGGAAAUGUUCGGGAAUCACCUGCGGGAGGAGCGGGGGCUGCACUACGGCGAGUUCGUCAACGACGCCGCCAAGUUCCUGAUGCGCAGCCACCCCGCGCUGCUGAGCCGCCUCAUCUCCACCAACCUCUUCUACUUCAAGAGCCCCUGGCGGGAGCUGCGGGCGGCGGCGGCCAUGUUCAUCGGGUUCCUGGUGCUCCACAUGGACGAGGAGCAGGGCCAGCAGGUGGACCUGGACCAGCUCAUCUCUGCCCUGCAGCUGCUGCUCAAGGAUCCGGUUCCAGCCGUGAGGGUCAAGGUGGCCGAAACCCUGGGACGCCUCGUCCGCCUCCUCUGAAUCCCGAAAUUCCCCAAAAUUCCCAGGAAUUCCCGAAAUUCUCAAAAUUCCCAGGAAUUCCCAGCUCCGAGACCCUGGGACGUCUCAUCUGCCUCCUCUGCAUCCCAGAAUUCCCGGGAAUUCCCGGCUCCGCUCAGCAAUACCCCGGGGGAUCCCAAGCCAUGGGAAAAGUCUUCCAUCACCUCCGUCCUCGGGGACAAAAAAAUUGGGAAAACGACCGGAAUUCGGGAUGGGAUCCAUUCCCAGCCUUCCACCCCCAUCCCCCUCUGCUGCUUCCCGGUGGAUAACAGGAUCCAAUUCCCAAAAUCCCCACCUGGAAUCCCCACCUGGAAUCCCCACCUGGAAUUCCCCCCUGUACAGAGACCUAUUUUUAAGUAAAGCUUCUGGCUCCCGAA